AGUGAAUGGGUUUGAUUGAAAAUCAAAAAAAUUGUGAAAUUAUCUCUGGUUUAUCAGGUGCACGGAAGCUUGAUCAUGGAGUUUAUUGCAAAUGGUGGGUUAGUCCCGCUAUAAGCAAGGCCAUGGAUGGUUAAAUCCUCAACUCUGAUUAAUGGAGCUCUCUCAGUGCAUUGUUCAGGAAUUAAGAUUUUUUCUGCAAAUAUACUUUUGCAGUUUUGCCCAAAACGUUUAAGGAUUUUUCAGGUAUAUUAAUGUUGUUCUUUGAUUGUAGGAUGUUUCUCUCAGUGCUCCUUUCUUACAACUUCCUUAUUUAAAUAAAUUUAAUGCUAAAAGGAUAGGGUUGCAGGUUGGAUUAUUUUGAGAGUUUCAAGAGGUGCACCUGGAAGAACAUUCUUAACCACUCACGGAGGUUGCUGGUUUGAUGGAGAGCGAUGUUGUGGACAUCGAGAAUGAUACCUCUCUGAAUGUAGAAGUCACUUGCAAAACAAAAGGUGAAGAAGUUUUCGAGAAAGCAACUUUACGACAGUGACCACUCUGAAACGCCUCACUGGAAUAUUAGGCGGUAUUCUUCAUUCGGCUUACUUCCCUUUCCGCAAAGAGAAAAGCUUAUGGGUUCUUCUUGCGGAUUCAAACAAUAUCUGUUUCUUCCCGAAGGUUGCUUUCAUGGACAGAGUUGAAGCUAUAAGCAUUGCUUCGAGUGCUAUUAUUUAGACAGUGAAUACUUUAGGAGAAAGCAUCGAGACAAAUCAUAAUGCAGUUAGAGAAGUUCCGACUCUGUGAGAAGAUUAAAAGUGGGUCUAGAUUGGUUUUGCAGCCACUUUCCGAGGUAGGUGGAAUGAUACUGAGACAAAAACGUCAAUACUCUUGCUAACCACUCUAAAUUCAAAAAAAAUACUUGGAGGUACGUCUCUUUCCAUUUUUAUGUUUCAUAUAGUAAUUGUAGUUAUUCAUAGACUUGAAAAGUUACACAUUUAAAGACUUCUCUACGGAUGUGUAUCAUUACUAAUACCAUUCCAUCUAUACUUUCAGGUGUUGUAACCCUUAGCUUCACAGAUUCCCCACGACUCUUCUUUGAUUCCGACGGAAGUGUGACCGAAAAAUAUCUAUCAAGGUAAUCGUGAAUAAAUCUUCCCUUCUCACCAAAAAAAAAUCCUCAGAGUGUCCACUAUAUAUGCUUCAUACUCCACCACUAUUCAUUAGUUUUGGUCAGCAUGUUUCUCCACCGUCACACCAGUUAUAAGUACUAAAAUAUGAAUGCCAAACCAUGUCGUCGUCCACCGCUCUCGAAAUUAAUUCUAUAUAAACACAUUUCAUAUUCAACCAUGUUCGAGCUAGGUUUGGAGCAAAUGGAGAUACCACACCAGCUAUCAAAAGCUCCUCCGCAGCUAUCAAUAGCUUCCACGUAAGUGUUUUCAAACAGUUCUGUUAGCAUCAUCUAUGAAUCUACAGCUCCCCUUUAUGUCUUAUAUAUAUUAUUCGCAAGUCAUGCGACUAAUCGUGUGCUAUAUAUAUAUAUAGAUAUUGGUUUGAGGUUAAAGUAUGUGAUGACGGUGGUGGUGAGGCAACCUUUGUCAUCUUUAAGCAGCAAUGAAACUGGUUGAUAGAUACCAAGGUGGCAAAGGGGUUAGCUAUCGUAGAAAUUCUUUAAUAAGUUUACACCCAAGUACUUUACUGACUUGAGGUUAAAGUAUGUGAUGACGGUGGUGGUGAGGCAACCUUUGUCAUCUUUAUGUUUUGGUGGUGCUCUGUCGGGAAACUACGAAAGUUUUUGAUCAUUGUUUAAUAUUGUUAAUGCACUAAGGUGGCAAUGACAACCCGGUGAUUACAUGCCUGGUGGUGGAGCUGUGAAAAGAAGUUAUCCAUGUGAGAACAUGACGGACUCGGACAUUAGAGGAAGCACUGCUGAUGGGAAUGGUGAUGGGGAAACAGCUGCUCCAAGUGAUCUAAAUUAGUCACAUGUAACUGACAAGAAUACAGGAGAGGAUGCAGCAGUUCUGGAGGAAGAGCGCUCCACAUAGAAACAAUGAGAUUAUUAACAAGUUUGAAGACUCAUCGACAACGAAAACGCGCCCACAUGAACAUUGCAUUGAAGACUUUCUUUAAAAAAAAUUCACUUUCUAUGAACUAAGAGAUUUUUCUUAAACCAUGUCACUGCUUUUAAUAAGUUUGUCCAGCUAAUCUAUUACUACACUGUUUAUCAAUGUCUAGAAAUAUUUUUUUAUUAUAAAGAAUCAGCUACAUCAUAUAAAGCAACAGCUUAAAUAAAAAUGUAUAAGUUGAUAAAAAAAAAUUUGUAUAAAAUAAAAGGUAAAACAAACAUAUAAAAGGAAAAACAAUAUAUGCUAACACAAUCUACCACAAUAAUUAUUUUUUUAAAUAUUAUUUUUAUUAUCAUAGUCAAAUUAGAAAAACAUUUUUUAAAAAUUAAAAAAAAUAAUUUUAAUGAAAAAUAUUAAUGGUCGAACAAGUAUAUAAUCUCUAAAUUAAAAUAAAUUAAAAUUUCAAAAUUUUGUUAAACUUUAAAUAAUAUUUAUAUUAUUUGCUCAUUUGCUCACCCGCCCAUUUGCUUAUUUAAAAUAUUAACUUUACUUUAUAUUUAAAUUUCAACUAAAUUAACUUUUUUACAACUAUCGGCUUUUAUUCUACUUUUAUUGAAUCGAUUAGUGACUACCACUUAUGCUAUUCCACUUUGAACUAAGCAACUUCAAAAUAAAUUAAUACUCUAUAGUCGUUAACCAAUGGAUCGGAAAAAUAUCACUCUUUUGCAAUAUUUUCAUUUUCAUAUUUUUGAACAUUUAUUAAGACCAUAAAAUAAAUUGUAAAUUAAAGUAAAAAUAAAAUAAACAAAUCCGGCGCGCAGCGCCGGAAUACUACUAGUAAGAUAUAUAAGAAUGCAAAUCUGAAAAUCAAUUUAGAUUUUGAGGAAUAACCAAAAAAAAAAGGAAUAAGAAACUGAAAAGGAAAUUAAACAUGAUAAUUUAGUUUAAAAAACUAAACACGAUAAACAACAAAAACAAAAGGAAAGAGUGAAAACCCAAAGCGAAUAGUGAACAACGUACUCAAGUAGCUUCAUAUAUAUAAGAACGCUAGAGACUCCUCUAGCUAUCAUUGAUUCGAUUACUUGUUUCUCAGACCAAAAACAAAACACAAUAGAGUCAAGAACCCUAGUUACAGAGAAUGACUAAGAUGGUGAUGAUUAGAGAAGACAACAACAACAUCAGCAAAGCUCCGAAUGUUGUUGGCCAAUCUUCUUCAGUACUAGAGUUUGUCUGUGUACUUGGCCGAGGUAGUUUUGGUUCGGUCACUCUCAUAAGAGACUCCAAACACCGGUUACACGCUGAGAAAUCAUCUACAAUAGCUUACAUGGAGAGUCUCAAGAAAGAGCAUAGGAUCAUGCUUCGUUUCCGUAACCAUCCACGCAUCGUCCAAACUACAAACCCUAAUCUUCACAUAGGUAUCAACCUCGACCAUUGUUACAUGUACAUGGAGUUUGCCUCCAAAGGUACUCUCCACAACUUCAUCUCCCACUUCAAUGGCCAACCAAUGCCUGAGGUUAUGAUCGGACGCGCUGCUCUCAUGAUCCUUCAAGGACUCGAGGCUCUUCACUCUCACGGCUACGUUCACUGCGACCUCAAGCCGGCUAACGUUCUCCUCUUUCCUUCCAAGAUUGUCGGAGAGCCGUGGGAUCUCAAGCUUGCUGACUUCGGUCUAUCUAAGGAGCCUUCUUGUACGAAUCCAAGGUCCUCCUUGUCUGGCGGUACAAAGGAGUACAUGCCCCCUGAGUCUUUGGGACCCAACCGAGUGAAGAUGAUUGGACCGGCUGUUGACAUGUGGGCUCUAGGGUGUGUUGUGCUUCAGAUGUAUGGAGGCCGUCCAGUGAAGUUGGGAGAAUGUUUUUACAAGUGGAGGCUUCCGAGACUUGUAUCUCCGCUGGCCAAUAACUUCUUGAGGCGGUGCAUGGCGUUGCAGCCCUCACGCCGAGCCACCGCAGCGGAUCUGUUGAAACAUCCUUUUGUUUGCACCAAGGCUACAUCAUAUGCUUCAGUACUGUCCUCCUCCUCCUGUCAUAAAACACAAUAAUGUUUAUGAGAGAAUAUUGUGGUAGAAGACAAGGAGGAGACCGAUGAUGAUGGAUCCAAGAUCUAGCUAGAGAUUUGAUCUGCUGAGUUCUCAACCGUUAGGUCUCGGUUGUUAAAGAAAGUUGUCUUUAAUUUUAUUCAGUUGAGUUUGAGUCUUGAUUUGAUUGUUGUUGCACAGUUAAGAACAGUAUAAUUCAUGUUUUGGUACUUGACUUAAUAUUCUUUUAAUGUAUCUUUGUCUUUGCCUGAUGAUUGCUAUUGAAAUGUUUAAAAGAAUCUAAUAUAUACUAUUAUUAUUACACAGUUUAAAUUAGUCAAACAGAAAAACAUUCACACAUUCAUUUGGAGGCAUUAAUCCAGUGGAAAGGUUUACCUGGUUACGAGCAAUCAUGGCUCCAUGUGUUGUUUUUUAUAAAAUCUAUCGGCAGAUCCAUGUGAGAGACUUGGUUAUGCAGUUUCCAGAUUUUACCUGAAGAGGGGGGGUAUUAAUUGAUAGCCCUGGAGAGUAUACACCAGGAAGAGAGGCAGAGGAGUUAAGAAAAAAAGGCUUAAUUGAGAUGACGUGGCAGAGGAGUUGGAGGGAAGUGAAAAUAAUUGAUGGUGAGUCCAGAGAAGCAUAAAUAAUGAGAGUCUGUUGUAGAUAUUUUUCAUGAAAUUUUGUUAGAGAAGAUUGAAGUCGUGAGAGGGUUUGUCUCUGCGAUUCAGUUUACUCAAGGAGAAAGGUCGUUGGGAUUGUAAUUCACUUUCGAUAUUCAAUAAUACAUUGCUUAUAACAAGUUAACAACCAUACAAAAAUUCGUUUCUUUUUUAACUUUUCUGGACUAACCAUUUAGUGAAUGUCCAUCACUUCCACCAUACAGAAGAAGAAAAAUGAUAUCUAAAGAAUAUUAUAUGAAACAUAUUUUUUAGUAUUUUUCCGAUAUUAAAACUGUAGGACCAUGAUUUAUGUUGAAUAAUUGCAGCAUAUAUUAAUACCAAACAAAACUUAUAAAAGAAAACAAU